UGAACCCUCGAUGGAAACGUAGUCUAUAAGGGACAACUCCAAGUAAAAAUGGGCCAACUGAAGUUAACUGAGUUGCGUGUAGCAAGCAUGUUCUGUCGUUGAACAAGCCAUACUGUAUUAUUUUAUGUUUUUCUUGUCUAUAUACAUAUUUCUAUAUACAAUGUCUGACAGUUGUAGGUUAUUAUAUGCAUAACAAUUAAUUAAAAUGUUGAAUGGUGAAGUUAAUAAUUUGUUAAAAUAACUGACCAAAAAGGUGGUACCGUAUUUGUAAAAUUAUGUGCACAAUAUAAUACAUUGAAACUAUGGAAAACAAGACUCAAACACAACAAGAUGACAAUAAGACUGACAAUGCUAUUACUAAAAAUACCAUUCCAUUAAUAAAGGAUUUAUUUCAUGUGCAUGGAAAAGUUGGGGAAGGGACUUUCAGUUCUGUGUUUUUAGCUACUUUAAAAUCUUCUGAUGGUUCUAAAAAAUUUGCAUUAAAAUAUUUAGUUCCUACUCGACAUCCUGAAAAGAUUGAACGAGAAUUACAAUGUAUGCAACAGAUAGGAGGAAAAGACUAUGUGGUUGGUUUAGAAUUAUGUUUACGUAGUUUUGAAACAGUGAUAUUUGUGAUGCCAUAUAUGAGACAUGAUAAAUUUUCGGAAUAUGUACAGAAUAUGACUGUUCAAGAAACAAAAGAUUAUAUGACAGCAUUAUUGACUGCAUUAAGAAGGGUUCAUCAAUUUAAUAUUAUACACAGGGAUGUAAAGCCCAGUAACUUUUUGUAUGAUAGAUGCAAUAGAAGGUACUUAUUAGUGGAUUUUGGAUUAGCACAAGAAUAUGUACCAGAGGAAAAACCUAAACAUCAUAAAUUAAUUAACUCCGAUGUGCAAUCUGUUAAGCGGAAAAAAUCAGAUGAAGUAUUAAUUAUUUGCAAUAAUAAAGAAUAUAUUUCUAUGAAUACGAGAAAAAAAGUUACAGGAGAAAAAUGUUGUUGUUUUGGAAAACCAAAAAUAUGUUCAUUAUGCACAUCAAGACCAGAACAGACAGCUCCAAGAGCUGGUACACCAGGAUUUCGUGCUCCUGAAGUUUUAUUGAAGUAUCCUUCUCAAACACCGGCAAUUGAUAUCUGGGCAUGUGGAGUGAUGAUGCUAUGCAUUCUUAGUGGUACUCAACCAUUUUUUCAUUCUCCAGAUGAUUGCACAGCUUUGGCAGAAAUAACAACUAUAUUUGGGUCUAAUAAAAUGCAACAGUGUGCACAAAAAUUAGGAAAAAAAAUUAUCUUUAGCGAAGAAAUACCCGGAAUUGAUAUUGUGUCCUUAUGUCAGAAAUUACAAAAAAGAAAUAAGAGUUUAUUAAAUAAUAGCAAUCAUAAUUUGUAUGAAAAGGUAUCAUCGGGCAAUCAAUUUCCGAAAGAAGCUUAUCACCUUUUGUUGAGUUUGUUGGAUUUAGACCACAAAACACGGUUUACUGCAGAUCAAGCUUUAAAUCAUCCAUUUUUUAAAUCAUAAUAUGUAUUUAUCAGAAUGAAAAAUAACGCUAAGCUUACUAUUUUUUUAUUAA